UGCACUUGUGCAAUUGGCGUGUGCAGAACGAAAUGCGGCGAUACUGAACUGCACGUACCAGUUGCGAACUUGAUCUUGUUUUGUUGCAUUAGAUUUAGUGAACGAGCGGCGGAGUCGUCGAGAAGAGUCAAGAGCCUUCGCGAAUUGGAAUGUCAAACAAUUAGCACGAUGAUUCCGAGAACGAUGCUGAAUUUUCAAAUAAGACGCUCGAUAGCCACGAGCCACCUGAACUCGAGGUCCAGCGUGGAAGCGAUCGAGACCAAAGCUACGUACUACCAGGAGCAAAUCGAUAAAUACCAGGAUGACGAGAAGCCGAGCAACUGGAACGAGUCGAAACCCUACAACAGCAUCCCAGGUCCGAAACCUUGGCCCAUCGUUGGUAAUAUCUGGCGCUUCUUCUACGGCGAAUUCAAAGGGAAGAACAUGGCCGAAAUCAGCAAGCACUUGAGGAAUACGUACGGCGAUAUCGUCGUGCUGAACAAACUGAUAGGCAUCCCCGAUAAGGUGUUCCUGUAUAACGCUGAAGACAUCGAGAAGAUGCACAGAAACGAAGGCCUUUGGCCUCAAAGAGACGCCCUCCAUUCAAUCUUAUAUUACAGAACUGUCCUGAGGAAAGAUAUAUUUCAAGAUAAACCUGGUUUAACAGCAAUGCAAGGUCAGGACUGGUUCAAAUUUCGCACAGUCGUAAAUCCCAUUCUGAUGCAGCCCAGAACAACGAUCAAGUACGUUGGUCAGAUGGACACGAUCGCUGACGACUUCCUUAGGCAAAUUCACAGGCUGUACGAAAUAAACCCAGAGAUGCCCGAGGAUUUUGAAUUGCUGAUCAACAAGUGGACCUUAGAAUCAAUCACAUUUUUAGCCAUUGACAAAAGAAUUGGAUGUCUCGAAGAUCAUCCGACUGAAGAAAUCCAGACUUUCCUAGCCAGCACCGUCGGCGUCUUCAAGCAGAUGUAUAAGCUGGACGUCCUUCCAUCUCUUUGGAAGGUUUACAGCACGAAGGAUUGGAAACUUUUCGUCAAACACAUGGACUUCAUUACCAACACUCUACUCAAAUACGUGGACGAAGCUUUUCAGUCAGUCAAAGACAACCCUGAAAUUAAAGACAAGUUCAACAAGAGUAUUUUCGAUAAAUUCUUAGAGCUGGACAGAAAGGUUGCUAUCACCAUGGCAAUUGAUAUGAUGACUGGCGGAAUUGAUACAACGAGUAAAACAUUUGCCGCGACAUUAUAUUUCCUAUCGACGAAUCAGGGGCCUCAAACUAAACUGAGGGAGGAACUAAAAAUGCUGAUGCCCAAUAAGAAUACGCCCAUUACCGCGGAAAUCUUGGAGAAAGCCAAAUACUUGAAAGCUGCAAUCAAAGAAAGCACCCGAUUGGCUCCGAUUGCUGUUGGAAAUAUGCGAAAGACGCAGAAGGCUCUGGUAUUGUCAGGAUACCAAAUACCGAAAGGGGUGGAUCUUUUAUCCGGGGCCAUAGCUCUGCACCACGACGAUAAGCAAUUCAAGGACAGCAAGAAAUACAUGCCCGAAAGGUUUCUGCGCACGACCACUUGCGAAUAUUCGGUGAAGAACACGAAUCCAUUCGUUUUUCUGCCGUUCGGAUUCGGAUCGAGAUCGUGCGUCGGCAAGAGGUUGGCCAAUUUGGAGUUGGAAAUUGCUUUGGCGAAGAUUGUGAGGAACUAUUACUUGGAUUGGAAGAGGCCGGAGAUGAAGUUCAAUACAACGCUGAUCUACGGAACAGCGGAUCCGUUGAGAUAUCAUUUGAGAGCUGUGGAGGACUAAAACUUUGUUUAUUCGUAA